AUGAGAUGGAGGGUACCACCGUCUGCUUCGUUGACCGAUCGAGGGCAGUCGGACAGCUAUAAAAUUGAAUUUUGUGUUUCUUCUUCCUUGCUACACAUGCCGGACACAGAUGCUGUGCUGUCAUCGGUAACAAAUCAACUUCCUCCGCGUUCGACAACAAGUCAUCGAUGGCCUCGAAAAUGGGCUACACUUGGUGGACGCGGUUCAGCAUCAACGACAGUACCUCCUGUCAGCCUCGACGAUCCCGAAUUUCGAGAAAAACCAAACGGCCAUCACGUCAAUGGUAAUGGCCACCUUCAACAUCGACAUUCAACAUCAUUAUUUCGUAAAUCUUCAACUAUUAGUCGAACUAACGGCACAGCACUGAAUGACGAUACACCCUCACUAAAAAAAUCUCGCUCAUUAAUUAAUGUUCUACGUUCAAAAUUGAAUUCUCCAGCUGUACUUCGUCGUUUUCGAACAAAAUCACGUGAUAAUGGUAAACACGUUAUCACCGAAAUCAAUGGUGAACCAUCACAAUCCAAUGAACAAGACAAAGUUCCGCCACAGACUGUUGACGAUCACAGUAAGAAGAUUCGAAAACGUGAUCCAUCACCAAUGAAACGUUUCACCAGUCGCCUUGCUCAACUAACACGUAGUUCAACACAUACGUCGAUCGAAACUGAACAACCAUCUCAAGUUGCACCUCAUGCGAAAGACCAAGUCGAUCAUAUUAAUGCUUGUUACGACGAAAUACGUGCGAAAUAUUUCGAUAGUAAUAGUACUACAGCGACCGCCAAAGCAAAUACCAUUGAAGUCCUAUCACAACAUCCAUGUGCACCAUUGGCAACGGAUCGUUUAAAAGACAUGCUAUCAACAACUACAACUUCAUCGAUCGAUUAUUACGAUCGCCCUCAUUUGACCAAUGGUGAUAUACAUAAUCGUUCAUUGAGUACAAUAUCGAUGAACGGUUCAUUACUUAGUCAUGACUUUUUGAAUAAUUCACAACCAUAUGUUCAACCAUCACCACCGAAAACAUCGGACGAUCCAUUACUUCAAGCGCGUAAACAAUCAAAUAUAAAAUUAAAUUGUAUGCUUAGCGGCUACGGUUUUACAACACCGUUCGGCAAUCAUGAGAAGAUGCUUGGACAAGAACAUGAUAUAUUUAAAUUUCAUCACUACCACGAUGUGGGAAAGAGAAAAUUCAAUUGGAACUUCACUAAUGAUAAUAAUCGAAUGUAUUCUAGUUUAAGAGCAAGGCCAAUGAGUAGAAGCAUCGAUAGUUUUCGACGAGCAACCACUACUAUCGAAACUGAAGUCGUGCCAACCGAUUCAAAAGUUGAAACUGAUAAUCAAGAAGUGAUUACAAAUGGACAUUCGUCCGAUCUAUUGAAUGACAAUGAACUUGUCAUACGUGAAGACGGUGAUAUAAUUGAAUCCGAACGAAUUCCUUGUACAUCAACAGUUCAUGUUACACCAGCUGCGGCUCUUCAUGUAAAAACAUUUAUCUCCUCAACGUCUUCAGCUGAACAUAAUGGACACGGACCCGUUCUGAAUGGCAAAACUGUCGAUGACGACUUCGAAAAGAAUUUCCUACGUGCCGUCGAUCGAGCAUUGGGCGUUGCUAAAAAAGAUCAAAACCAUUUAUUACAACCCAUCUACGAUAUACCGAAAAUGACCGAAGAAUCGGACAUGAAUCUGGUCGCAAUGACCGAACGUGCACUUUCAUCAUUUAAUAAUAUCAAAAUUUUCACGGAUGAAGAACAAAAAGAUGGGCAUGCUAAUGAUGAUGAUGAACAUCGAAUGGAUGGUAAUGAAUCGCCAAAUGUCGAACUACUUGAUCGUACUGGUGAAUUGUUAGAAAAUGAAAAUCUACAUUGGCAAUCGUCUGCUGUCUAUGAUCAUCAAGCAUCGAAUGGUCACACUGAACAAGAUGUUUUAACACUCGAUAACGAAGAAAAUAGUUCUAUUGAUGAUCAUGUCUGGUCAAUUGUCGAUGAUUUAACACAGAAAACUCAAGAGACAUUAUAUAAUGAACCACAGAAAGUGCUGAGUGACGACGAUGACUCAUAUUUACUUUCUCUGACUUGUGUUGUUUUUUCUCUUUAUUUCUCUACAUUUUUUCUUUCUUUUGUCGAAUCACGCACAUAUCUCACGUGUUCUUCUUCUUCUUUCUUCUCUCGUUCAUUUCAUCAUUACGCUGGUCGCGUCCUCUUUUUCAUCCGUGAUUAUUACGACAAAUUUCUUCUCUUCGUUGAUAAAAUGAAUGGCCAAGCGUUCUUGGCCAGAUUGGAUGAAGAAGAAAAGGUGAUCAAGGCAAAAGCAGACACCUACAAUAAACUUCUUCAAACUGAUGAUAAUCGUCUGACAGAUGACAUUCGUUCUGACAUCAAUGCUGCGAUUGGGGAAGUAAAUCUGUUACUAAAAGGAAAACUCAAACAGUUUCGUGGUUUAUGCCAAGCAAAUGUUUCGAAAUCAACUACACCGGCUGGCGAACCGACUCCCCUCGAUAGUGAUCUAGAAGGCUUCUGGGAUAUAACAUAUCCACUGAUUGAUAAAGUUAAGGUUAAAUUUUCUAAACUCGAUGCACGUAAAGCCAAACAAUGGGCACCAAUGGAAGAUGAAUACGAUCCCAAUGAUGUGAAUAAUCGUCCUCGAAUCAUCGACGAUCGUCUCAAACAAUUACAACCACAUCAGAAUAAAUCGAAAGUAUCUAGCAGCAAACCGGCAAAUGACGAUCUUAAGAAAUUGAUUCAAGAACGACGAAAGGCAGCGGCGAACGCUGCUAAUCAAAAUGAUGACGUAGAAAUCUUCGUUGGACCUAAAUAA